AUGAACACCAAGCCCUCACUGCAAGGAAGGUCUGACCUUGUGAGGAACGGGGAGGCUCAGGAGAUCCCCCCGCUGAGGAACUACCUCUGUCUCACUAUGUUAACCUGUUUCUGCCCUGCAUGGCCCAUCAACAUUGUGGCGCUGGUUUUUUCAGUGCUGGCCCAAAACAGCUAUGAUGAACAGGACUAUGAUGGCUCCAAGCGGCUGGGUCGGAAAGCUCUCCAUCUGGGAAUCAUUUCUUUUGUCAUCGGUCUCAUAAUCAUCACUGGAUAUAUCAUUGUGCACUUUACUAUGGUACGGAUAAACCACAUAUAUGAUGCAAAAUUUAACAGAAGGAUAGAAAGAUUUCAAGUACCCUUUUCCUCCAUAGCACGUGGUGUGAUGUCUUGA